GCUUUUGAAAACUUGCUUCUCGUGAGGACGAACUGUCUCCCGGUAUUGCUGACUGCUUCAAGGCAUCAGGUCGAACAUAUACCAACUCUUCAGCCGUCAUCUCAUCCCCUCAAUACUCGAAAACCUCCACAUUCCUUCACGCGUUCCUGACGACGACGACGCCGUUUUGCCCAUUCUCCCCCCAUCAAUUCUUAUUGGUCAUUUGAGAUUGGAACAGCCCUUGCAUCAUGUCGUGGAAGUUAGGCAAGAAGAUCAAAGAAUCUUCCAAUUUCCUCUCCUCGAAAUCCUCUUCCAUUGGUGUCCCAGACACUUCGAGAUCUACCACACCUACACCUAGUAACCCGAACCCCGAUGCACCGGCCAAUCCCCCUGUUGCGAGAAGCGGAAUGCUCAAGAUUCGUGUGACCGCCGGCAAAGGUCUUAACUUACCACAAGGAGUCAAUGUUCCCGCACCGGUACAAGCCGCUCUCAACGCCCAUCCCCAGCCUUCCAUAUCUUCCUCUCUAUCUUCCUCCCCCAGGGUCCUGACUCAUCCAUCAAAAGCCAAUCGUGAUUCCCUUCAACGCAAACAGCUCUGGUGGUUGCCUUAUGUGGUUCUCGAAUUCGACAAGAAUGAAGUGCUCGUUGAUGCUCUGGGAGGUGAUCUGAGCGCACCGGUAUGGAUGUACAGUGCGACAUUUGAUGUGUCACGUAUCAGUGAGAUAAGUAUCACGGCGUAUUUGAGGACUACCCAACCGAGUUCCACUGUCCAUGCGGAGGAUGGCGAGUCUACGGGAGGGAAGGAAGGUGAAGAUAUGGGAAAUUCGGAUUUGUGCUUGGGAGGGAUUCGCUUUACGCCUGACCUAGAGACAGGGCGCUUGACCGACGAAUGGGUUCCAUUGCAGAGUGGAUCCGGCUUGAUUCACAUACAAGUGUCGUUCAAACCGGCUCAUACUCCCCUUACGAUCGACUCAUUCGAGCUUCUGAAAGUCGUAGGAAAAGGAUCAUUCGGCAAAGUCAUGCAGGUCCGAAAACGAGACACACUACGAAUCUACGCUCUCAAGACUAUCCGCAAAGCUCAUAUUGUAUCUCGAUCCGAAGUAACCCAUACUUUGGCUGAGAGGACGGUUCUUGCCCAAGUCAACUGUCCUUUCAUCGUCCCCCUCAAGUUUUCUUUCCAAACCAAGGAGAAGCUUUACCUCGUAUUGGCCUUCAUCAAUGGUGGAGAGCUGUUUCAUCACCUGCAACGAGAGGGCAAGUUCAACGAGACGCGUUCUCGAUACUACGCUGCGGAGCUGCUCGUAGCUUUGGAACAUCUGCAUGGAUUCAAUGUAGUCUAUAGGGAUUUGAAACCUGAAAAUAUAUUGCUGGACUACACUGGACACAUCGCCCUGUGCGAUUUCGGACUGUGCAAGUUGAACAUGACGGAAAAUGACACUACGAACACUUUUUGUGGUACACCAGAAUACCUUGCGCCCGAGUUGCUGUCGGGUCAUGGAUAUACCAAAUGUGUUGAUUGGUGGACCCUCGGUGUAUUGCUUUAUGAGAUGAUGACCGGUCUACCUCCGUUCUACGACGAAAACACGAACGAAAUGUAUCGUAAAAUUCUAUCCGACCCUUUGCGUUUCCCCGAGGAAUUCGGAUCGGAAGCUAGGUCUCUUCUUACUCAGUUGCUCAACAGAGAUCCGGCGAAGCGAUUGGGCGUGAAUGGAGCUCAGGAGAUCAAGAACCAUCCUUUUUUUGCCAGACACAUUGAUUUCAAGAAAUUGUGGGCGAAAAAGAUCCAACCUCCUUUCAAACCUGCUGUGGCAUCUGCAAUCGACACUAGCAACUUUGACGAAGAGUUUACUUCUGAAGUUCCUCUCGAUAGUGUGGUGGAUGAUUCUCACCUGUCUCAAACGGUGCAACAGCAAUUUGCUGGGUUUUCUUGGAGCGUAUCACCACUUGGUGAAAGUGUAGGAAGGUAUCAGUAGAUUGUACAUGUAUGGUUUUUGAUGUUUAAGAUUGCACGAAAUGUAUAUGAUUGUGUGC